UUGUUGGUUUCUUGGUAUUUGGUGGUGAGGACGAAAUAUCUUUCGAUUCCGAUGUUGUCCAGAUGUGUUUUUGCCGUCUCUUUCGUAAUCAUAUUAUUGCACGGGAACUUGUUCACCCAAGUUGGAGGGAUUGGUGUGAACUGGGGCUCACAGGCGAGCCAUCCGUUGCCUCCGGCGACGGUGGUCCGACUUCUCCGGGAAAACGGUAUCCAAAAGGUGAAACUUUUCGAGGCCGACUCGGAUAUUCUCAGAGCUUUAAGCCGGUCGGGGAUUCAGGUUAUGGUCGGAAUCCCUAACGACUUACUCGCUCCUUUAGCUGGAAGCGUUGCAGCCGCCGAGAGAUGGGUCUCUCAGAAUGUCUCUGCCCAUGUCUCCUCCAAUGGCGUCGACAUCAGGUAUGUGGCAGUUGGGAAUGAGCCUUUCCUAAAGGCAUUCAACAGAACAUUCGAGACCAUAACUCUACCAGCUCUUCAGAACAUACAAUCUGCUCUCAUCAAGGCCGGUUUAGCUACUCAGGUGAAAGUCACAGUGCCUCUUAACGCGGAUGUGUACCAAAGCGCGUCUAACCUCCCGUCGGAUGGAGAUUUCAGGCCUGAUAUCCGCGAUCUCAUGAUCGAGAUCGUCAAGUUCUUGAGUGAUAACCAAGCUCCGUUCACUAUCAACAUCUAUCCUUUCAUCAGCCUCUACGAAGACCCGAACUUCCCUGUGGAGUUUGCUUUCUUCGAUGGAACAGGUACGCCUAUAAACGACAAUGGAAGAGUCUAUGACAAUGUUCUUGAUGCAAACUACGACACACUCGCGUGGUCGCUGCAGAAGAAUGGGUUUGGUAACUUGUCUAUCAUCGUUGGGGAAGUUGGGUGGCCUACGGAUGGGGAUAAGAACGCGAACAUGCAGUACGCGAGGCGGUACAAUCAAGGGUUCAUGAACCGUCAAAAGGCUGGGAAAGGAACACCUAUGAGACCAGGGCCAAUGGAUGCUUACUUGUUCAGUCUUAUCGACGAAGAUGCCAAAAGCAUUCAGCCGGGAAACUUUGAAAGGCAUUGGGGGAUUUUCUACAUCGAUGGACAGCCUAAGUAUCAGCUCAGCCUUGGCAACGGUAACGGGCUGAUCCCGGCGAAGGAUGUGCGUCAUAUGGCAAAGAAAUGGUGUAUUCUUGCGCCAUCUGCUAAUCUUCAGGAUCCUCAGUUGGGACCAAGCGUGAGCUACGCUUGUGAUCAUGCUGAUUGCACCAGUCUUGGGUAUGGCUCCUCUUGUGGCAACCUGAAUCUAGCGCAGAAUGUUUCCUAUGCGUUCAAUAGCUAUUUCCAGGUGAGUGAUCAGCUUGACAGUGCGUGUAAGUUCCCGGGUCUCUCUGUGAUCACUAACAAUGAUCCUUCUGUUGGGAGUUGCAAAUUCAAGGUUAUGAUCAAGACAGAUUCGUCGGGCAGUGAAGCAAGUGCCAGGAUGCCUUUAACACGAUCAAUGGCAGUGUUGCUACUCUUGUCGAUGUGUCUGUAUAUUGUUCUGUGA